CCCGGGUUAGUUCCCGCAGCCAAUGGGAGCGGCAGCGGCCGAGGCGGGAAAAGCUUUUUGUUACGAAGUGAAUAUCGCCGGAAGUGGAAAUAACAAUCGGGGCCAAAGCUCCUCUCUCACUCUCCCUCUCUCUCUCUCUCUCACUCCCUCUCACUCUCCCUCUCUCUCACUCUCUCACUCACUCUCUCUCUCUCACUCUCUCUCUCUCUCUCUCUCUCACAUAUUCUCUCUCUCUCUCUCGCUCACAAACUCCUCUCUAUCAUCUUUGAUCGGGACGAGGGACAAAGUCUGCGGCGCCGGGAGAGACAAACCUGGGCCCGGGAGGGAGAGAGACCGGGGCCGGUUACCAACUGACCCGCGCGGGUCGCUGAUGGAGUGGCCGGUGCCGGAGCUGCCGGACGGGCCGGAGUGUCCGGAGCUGCCCAGCGGGUUCCUGCAGAGUCUGCGGCCGCUCUUCGACAUCAUGGACGCGGAGCGGCGCGGGUCGGUGCACGUCCUGGAGAUCGAGUCCCGGUGGCGGAGCGGCGGCGGCUGCGGGGGGGCCCCGGCUCUACCUCCCGGAGUCGUGCAGUGUCUGCGGGGCGCGGCACCCGCCUCUGGGUACCUAACCUUCGACAGGCUGGUGGCCGGUCUCCGCUCUGCGCUCACCAGCCCCGGAGCCGGUCCGGAGCGCGGCCACGCCGGCGGGUGCAGACAAAGUGUCGGCGCAGGGGAGCGGUCUGGCCUGAGGUGGGGCAGCUCGGGGGCAGUGCUGGACGUGGACACCAGGAGCUGCUCCGCCGCGGGGCCGCACGGCGGCCGGAGUGAGAGGACGAGAUCCCCCCUGGGGGUGAGGAACACCAAUCUCCCCGAGAGCGGUGGGGGGCGGGGGAGACCAAGGGACCCCCCAGGCAAGGAGCACCCAUGGGUCCGGCCAGGGGAGGAGCGGUGCAUCGAGCGCAGGGUGCCCCCCCAUCUGGAGGUCAACGGGCACCCGGGGCUGGAGGGACAGAGGCUCCUGAAGGCAGACCGGAGGCAGAUGAUCCGCUGCCUCAGUGAGGCAUCGUGCGAUGGGACAGCUGAGAGCCGGCGCCGCGGCCGCACUGAUCGCCGCCACACCUUGACCAGUGGGGCCGAACCCGGCACGGCGCCAUGGUCCAGGGGGCGGCAUGAGGAGGAGGCCGCACUGCUCAAGGGUCUGGAGAUGAUGGACCGCGCCCGGGACUGGCUCCUGCGGCACAUCUACGCCGCCCGGCGGCGCCACAUGACGGGCGACGCUACGACCUGGGGCCUCGGGACACAGGAGCAACUGCUGCCCAAACUCCAGCUGGUCAGCCGUGUCCUGGCCGACCUCACCAGCUCCUCACCACAGCCAAACUCAGGAACGACUGCGGCGGCGAUGGGCUCUGGACUGACCACUAGACCCAAUGUGUCCGACAUCAGCAACACCACGCAGAUGGUCAGCAUGCUGAAGGAACAGAACCGGCAGCUGACCAAGGAGGUGACCAUGAAGAGUGAGCGGAUCACACGGCUGGAGCAACAGAAGUCGGCGCUGAUCAAACAGCUGUUCACUGCCCGCUCGCAGGCGGUGCCCGAGGCUGGACAGCUGGACGGUACCUUCGCCUGAGGCCGGAAACAAAGAUCCCCCGGCAUCCGUGGCCGGAGACCACCGGGGAGGGGCGGUCUUUGUCCGGGUCGGAUCUGGACCCCGCGUUGGGACAUCUCGACAAAUGCAACACUCCCCCCACCGGACACCGAGUCUCGGAGCAGGGGGGGGUCUUCACCGAGUCACUGCUCCCCCCCCCCCCCCCAUUACCCAUUGUUUACACUCCACCACUGUCAGCACUCACUUUUCUAAUAAAAACCUGUGGCCUGA